AUGGGGAAGGAUCUGUGGUUCCACGUGCAGGCGGCGGCGGCGGUGCCGGAGCUGUCGCUGGCGUUGGCGCCGGCGGGCAGCAGCCAAGACCGGGAGCGGGACGAAAAACCGGUUCCGAUGGCGUGCGUGGACGGCAAGCCGGUGCGGCUGUUCCAGUGCCUCUUCUGCGACAAGACGUUCCUCAAGUCGCAGGCGCUCGGCGGCCACCAGAACGCGCACCGCAAGGGCCGCCUCGACGGCCUCCUCUCCGACCCCUACAGCAACGACAGCCCAUUCGGAGGCACCGCCAUCGCGGCGGCGUCCACCGGGUCGUCGCGCUAUUUUGGCACGUCCAUCGUCUCACACGACGGCGCUGGCGUGGCGGCGGCGCCAACCGUCGAUGCCCGCUGGCCAGAGAGGAGGGGGUUGGGCGGCAGGGCUCCGCGGUUCGCGGAGCAGGCGCUGCCCCUGGACCCGUAUGCUGGAGGCGACGGCGUGGUGGGCCGGCCAAGGGCCUCCAUCGCAAGCGGCGCCGGCGAGGCGUUGGACCUCGAGCUGCGCCUUUAG